CUAGGCUCGUCUAGGCCACCACCUUACUCACAUGAAAUGCCUUGGCUCCUUGCCAAAAUGCUUCUUUGCAUUUCUUUUCUCAGCCUGCGCUGAGCAGCACGGAUCAUGGGUGCCCCCUGUCCCUGUCGAAGGGAAAACAAUGGAUGGGCAGCAGUGCAAAUCGCCCGUUCUUUUACAGCAACAUGUGUCCGCAUCCAAAGUUGCGUAUGUUUGGUACCUAGCAGACAGUGAUAGCAACGUAGCUUGUGCAAUUCUGGUGGCUGCUUCCGCAGUGUCAAAGCAUCAGCACCGACACAAUGCCGACUUGGUGGUAGUCUACAACCAGGACGUUCCUGAAAAGCCACGCUUUGCAAAGCUUGGGAUCAAAUUGAUCCACGUUAAAGAAGCUAUGUCCAAAGGCUCUUGGCAAUGGGGCGAGUCCUUUCUGAAGCUCAGAGUAGCUGAACUCUUCCAGUACAAUCGAGUGAUUUACUUCGACGCAGAUGCUUUCCCUUUGGGCAGUUUGGAGAACUUGUUCGAUAUUGCCAAGUUCCCUGUGGAGAUUGCGGCUCCCCGUGCAUACUGGCUAGACCAACCAUACGUACAAAGCGGAGGCCCCAUGGUCAUUGAUCCUCGGAAAGUCUUCUAUCAGAAGGACUUCUUUGAUCCAAUGAAUGCAUCAGUUGGACAGAUUGGCAGUGAAAUGGAUUGGGUCAAUUUGCACUUUCGUGAUCGCGUCGAUAUGUUGGACGGAUUCUAUGCCCUACUGAUUGGAGAAUGGUGUGCCAGUGACGGCAUGUACCAGUACUGGCAGAAAGAAUUUGGAAAGGGCCCUGAGUGGAUCAUGGAGAAGGCUGCUAUGGUUCAUUUCAUCGCUGACUGGAAGCCUUGGGACCUCACUGUUGAAGGUCUUAAGGACAAAUGCCCGGAUUCACAGCCACAACUUCUGCAGUUGUUUCAGAAAUGGUGGGAUGCCAAGGCCGAUGUUUGCUGAAGCAGGAAAGCCCAUCGGAUGCGCUUGAAAGAUUUCAACAUUAUGAUACAUUAUUGAAAAGGACGUAGCUUUGUGUCCGGUUUUCCGCCUGAGAUGAAUGGUC